GCCAUACAUUAUUGCGGAAUUCUUACUAAUAUUAUGAGGUUUUAUCAGGUUGGGGGUUUACGCGCUCAUUUUCGAGACAUUGAUCAAGCCGCGCCGCUAUUCAGGAAGAUUGAUGGAUACCUGGAAUUAGUCUUAGGGAUUGUAGAAAGCGGUGCAAGCUAUAUUCUCAUUCCCGAACAGGAAAUUCACCGUCCUCCUGGUCAGAUCGGGGCCCCAGUUGCGUCGACACACUUUGCGUCUUUGGCUCCAAUUGGCUUCACAGACAUUGGGAAGCUCAAGGAGAAGUUGAAAACACUAAAAUUGAACUCACAAAAGGCGAAAAACAGCAGGAGGGCCCAUGGUUUUGUGCGUGACACCAGCAUCGCCAACAACAGGUAUACUGUGGAUUUUGAUGGCUCAAAAGAGCUCCGAAUAUUAUAUGGCGAGGAUAUCAAAAAUAACCCUCUGAUCGUGACCGAGUAUAGCGAUGCCAGUGUUCACCGAAGCGCGUUUGAACACUCUAGAGUCAUACUUCGGUGUCUCCAGUACAAACUUAAACCUGAUUUAUACACAAUUGCUGGUCCCCCAUGGACUGGCCAUGUUCACCAGAUCAUCAUAUUCACUGCCACCGGCCAUCAGUAUAUAACGUCAGGUAAAAUGGAUCGCGUUGCAUUGGAUUAUGGUUGGGCAGAAGUUGCUUUCCAUACGGGUAAGGUAGCCCUGGAAAACUGGACUCAUAUAUGUGUCCCGCACCUAUAUCACACCCAACUACAGCAAGGGGAGUUCAAAGGCGGUCGCACGGAGCGAUUAGUUCCUUCUAGUGUGCGUCUCAUCAUUCAACCACGAACCGCCCCGACCUAGACGCUAUUACCAGUUGGAUGAUAGUCCAGUUCAUCGGGAAAUUCAAGGGAUUUUCCCCACCACGAGCCUUUCAAAGUCUGUUCAACUAGAGCCGUCGCUUCUCAUAGUCUACGAUUCGGCGUUUUCACUCAAGUUGUUGGAGGAGGCGGGCAU